UUCCUCCGCGCUGAUCGCAUCGGAUCUCAGCCGCCGCAAAGAUUUCUCUUUUUGGAACCGUAACAUGCAUCACUAGCUUCCUAACCCUAACCCAAAAGAAACCCCUAAUCCCUUCCCUCACCCCCGAUCAAUCGAUCCAAACCCUAACCCUAACCCUAACCCUAACUUCCCAAUGGCGUCUGCUACCACUGCCGAUUCCCCUCGAUCGACGUCAAUGUCGCGGCGGCGGCAGCCGAUUCGCGCGGGAAAAGUCGGCCGUGGAACGUGCCAUCUAAUGGCGCGAUCGAGGUGGGGCCCGUCAUGGGCGCCGCCUCCUGGCCUGCGCUAACGGAGUCCACCAGGGCUUCGCCCAAAUCGCCGCCCUCUGAUUCGCUGAAAUCGCUCUCCGAUGGCCUAGUCCCUUCUUCUCCGGAGCCGUUAGUAUCAUCUCCUUCCGAAAAAUCAUCUCCAAACCCUAAAAGCCCUAAUCAGAUUCAAAACCCAAUGCCUCCUUCCCGCCAGAAACCACUGAAAGUCGGCGAAAGAAGUAGCACUGUGACCCCGGCCAAUGUUGGAGCCGGACCCACAUUGCAGAUUGCUCCUGAACAUUCUCCUAGAGCCUCUAGGAGUGGUGGACCCACUCCACAACCUCGUGGUGGGGCCAAUCAUCAUCGGGGCUUUGGUGGUAAUAGGAGGGGGAAUGCCGGUGGUGGGUCCCAUAGCAACCAUGGGAACUGGCACCAUAGAAAUGGCCAAGUGCACCGAGGAGGGAUGAAGUCGUAUCCGAGGCCGAUGCAGCCUCUCUCUCCACCCUUUGCUGGUCCUCCUCCACCGUUUCAGCCUUUUGUUGGGAAUGCCAUGGGCUUCCCGGAAUACUUUGUGAUGCCGCAGACGCCUCCAUCUCUUGAGUCAGUUAGGGGCAUGCCUUUUGUUUCGCAUCCGAUACCACAUGCCAUGUUUUUUCCGGCAAUGGAUCCGCAAAGUGCUAUGUUAUUGAAGCAGAUAGAUUAUUAUUUUAGUUCUGAAAACUUAUGUAAAGAUGUAUACUUGCGGCAGAAUAUGGAUGAUGAGGGUUGGGUUCCUAUAUCCUUGAUCGCUGGCUUCAACAAAGUGAAGCAAUUAACUAACAACAUACAAUAUAUACUAGAUACUGUGCGGUUGUCAACACUGGUGGAAGUACAUGAUGAUAAAAUUAGGAGACGCACCGAUUGGAAAAACUGGUUGCUGGUUCCACCUUCGAGUUCUCAUGGUUCCCCAUCUGGUAAAAGUGAUGAUGAUGUGGCUAAACACCUACAGAAUGUCACUCUAGAGGGCAAUUCCACUACCCACAAUACGAGAGGAACAACAAUUCAUGCAGAUAAUAUAUUUCUUACGAGGUCAGCAUCUGGAAACCUCAACAACCAAUUUUAUCCGAGCAGUGAUGGGAGUGGCAGUGACGAGAGUGGGCAGUUCAGUGGGUUCACUCUUUCAGAGAAAUCGGCUUCUUCUAGAAGCUUAACAAGGAGUGAUACUUUAUAAGAGCGGUGAGUGUUGCAUCACUCUUCUGUCGGACAAAUUUGGCAUCAGCUAAGUUCUGAGAAAAUUAUAUGUAUAUGAUUUGAGUUCAAUGGUGAAGUUUGUAUAGUUUGGACGAGGGACCUUGUUAAUGCGGUCAUAGAGGGUGUUAUUGCACUGUUUUUUAACUCUCUCGAACCUCCAAUUUUUGGGAGGGUCAUGAAAUCUAGAAUUAUAUGAAAACUUGAUUACCUUUUUAUG